GGACAAUUUGGCGGCACAGUAUCAUCCAACCCGAACGGUGGUCUAGAUGUAACUGCUCGAUUAAGUAAAACUAUUGGCGACCCUAAUGCCAAUCUGGUUGGCGGUGUAUUCGCAGCUGGUAAUACUGAUGGAGGUCCAGCAACUAGAGGAGCUUUCUUGGGAGCCAAUAAAGAUGGUCAUGGUCUCUCCUUGCAACAUUCGAGAACAGAUAAUUUUGGUUCCUCUUUGACAUCAAGUGCUCAUGCCAACCUCUUCAACGACAAAACUCACAAAUUAGAUGCGAAUGCUUUUCACAGUCGCACCCAUUUGGAUAAUGGUUUUAAAUUCGAUCGUGUUGGUGGAGGCUUAGGUUACGAUCAUGUGAACGGUCAUGGCGCCUCGCUAACUGCUUCCCGUAUACCUCAGCUCGAUAUGAAUACUCUUGGCUUAACUGGUAAAGCUAACUUAUGGUCAUCGCCGAGUCGGGCAACCACUUUGGAUUUGACGGGAGGAGUUUCAAAACAUUUUGGCGGUCCGUUUGAUGGUCAAACUAAUAAACAGAUUGGGUUGGGUUUAAAUUCUAGAUUUUAAGCUUUGUAUUUCGAAUUAAAUGUAUUUAGAAUAGAAUGGAAAAUAAAAAAAGAACGAAAGAAAGGCAUUUCAAAGUUA